AUGAUUAUUCGAGUACAAUCUGAGCAUGGCACCAAGCGUCUUGAAGUUUCUGAAUCAGAUCCUGUUGCAAAACUGUUUGAGCUCACUGCGAAAGCCUUCAAUCUCGACCCAAGUUCCAACUGGCAGUUAUCAAAAUCCCGAAAAUGUGGCGACGCUAUAAAGCGUAAUACGCGGCUUGCACUCAAAACUGCAAAGUUCCAGAAUGGAGAUAUACUGUAUAUCAUAAGUAGACCAAAAACCCCUAGUUCCCAAGCUCCUUCUCAGACAAAGGAUACUGAUACCAAAGAAGUUCCUUUGGUGCUUCUUAAAGAGGACGAAGUUGAUAAAAUUAUUGAUGCAAUGGAUGGCAAGAUUAAGCGUCCGAAAGGACACUUAUGCCAUCAUCCAGAUUCCGGUGUUUGCAUUCAUUGCGUUCCUCUAGAGCCGUCAGAUCCAAACUACCUGAGUCUUUGCGACCCACCAGUGAAAUUCAUGUCCUUCCAUGCUUAUCUACGCAAACUGAGAGGCGGUCAAAACAAAGGGAAGCUCGUUCGGCUGGAGAACAUGCGCUGCAGCCUGCGCCCCGGAUGCACCUCCCAUCCGCCCUGGCCGGCGGGCAUCUGCACACAGUGCCAGCCAAGUCCGGUGACGCUCGAGGUGCAGCCCUACCGACACGUAGACUACGUACAGUUUGAGAAUGGCGAGGUGGUGGAGACCUUCCUUGACUUCUGGCGCCUUACGGGGCGACAGCGCGUCGGUCUUCUUCUCGGCGAGUACGCACCCUUUGACACCGCAGGCGCCCCACCUCUUGCUAUUAAGGCGGUGGUUGCGGCUAUCUACGAACCACCCCAGGAGUCCACGAGUCGUUCGGUGAAGUUGACGUGUCCGCUGGACCAACUCAUGCCUCCCGCUGCCAUGGCAACAGCGGAAGCGUUGGGUUUGAGGCCCGUCGGUUGGAUCUUCACCGAUCUAACGGCCGAGGGUGCUGAUGGCUUGGUGAAGCACUACCGCGGUGACAUGGAUACGUUUUUUAUGAGCGCAGAGGAGUGCAUCACUGCUGCGCGUCUGCAGAACCUCCACCCGAAUCCCUCUCGAGACAGUCCGGACGGUCACUUUGGCUCGAAAUUCGUCACUGUUGUGGUGACCGGUGGUACGGACAACGAGAUACACUUUGAGGCCUACCAGGUCUCCAAUGUUGCCAUGGCACUGGAGUCUGCCGGGAUUCUUGUGCCCACCUUUGAUGCCCCCGAAUUGGGGUAUAUUCGCGAGUCCACUAAGGAUCGCUAUGUGCCAGAUGUCUUUUACUCGACGAAGGACAAGUACGGCAACACAGUAACAAAGAUAGGACGUCCUCUACCGGUGGAGUAUCUGUUGGUGGACAUGCCCGCCGCCUUCCCCGUAGAGCAGACCUUCACCUUCGCCGAGCAAUCCACCUACCACAUUUCACCCCACGACAAGUUCCCUGUGGAGAAUCGGGAAGACCUCGGACAGAAGCAGAGCGUAGAGGCCUUUGCACGUCAAUUCGCAGCCUACGGACGAGAUCGUUUGUAUGGGUGCCUGAACAACUUCCACGUCUUGGCGUGGUUGGCGGAGCAGGUGGAUCGGCUGCCGUUGGACCAGUCGAGUUUCAACAGCCUCCUGGCCACUCUACGCGCCUCCAAGUCUGUCACCGAGUGGGCCGACAACUGCCCUGCCUGGGGUAGCCUGCAUCUCAUUCUCAAAACCCUUGGCGGCGGGGGAGCUACGCCUUCUUCACCAAUGGAUACGAGCAGUAGCAGCGGCGGCGGGACGCAUCGGGUCACGCAGACGUCGGCGGCAAGCUUCAGAGAUGUUGUGGUCGGCACUGCAUUAACCUCUUCCUCCGCCACUGCUACCAGCUCCGUAUCCGAUGUGGAGGGAGAGAGCAGUGAUGCAUUCUGGGCCUGCCAACACUGCACCUUUCAUAACGGACUGGAUCGCAAUGAGUGCGAGAUAUGCGGACUGCCGCGACACGCCUCAUAA